AUUGGUUGAACCCAGCAGUAACGUUUGAAAGUGACUGUUCAUCCUCCUCAGUGUCUGCGAACAGAGACACAAAGAUGGAGAUAAUUCACGCUGUCCAUGUUUUUGUCAGAUCUCUGCUGUUUGUGCUGCUGUGGUCAAACUGUGAAGGAAGAGAGUCGGAGCUCAACUAUGUGACCUGCGGCUCGCUGGUCAAGCUGCUCAACACCAGACACAACGUCCGCCUGCACUCCCACGAUGUCAAAUAUGGCUCAGGCAGUGGACAGCAGUCUGUAACCGGAGUGGAGAAUGCAGAUGAUGCCAACAGUUAUUGGCAGAUUCGUGGGAAGCCCAACCGCCCAUGUCAGCGUGGGACAGCCAUCAAGUGUGGUCAGACCAUCCGCAUCACACACAUGAAGACUGGCCGAAAUCUCCACACACACCACUUCAGCUCGCCCCUGUCUAAUAACCAGGAGGUCAGCGCUUUUGGAGAGAGCGGCGAGGGCGAUGACCUGGACGUGUGGUCAGUGCAGUGCGACGGCGACCACUGGGAGCGUGACGAGGCCGUGCGCUUUAAGCACGUGGGCACCGACGUUUUCCUGAGUGUGACCGGUGAGCAGUACGGCCACCCCAUCCGCGGCCAGCGUGAGGUCCACGGCAUGAGCUCUCCCAACCAGCACAACUGGUGGCGCUCCAUGGAGGGCGUCUUCAUCCAGCCCAGCCAGGAGCCGCUGCGCCACGACGAGCUCUGAUCGUCGAGAGACGAAGCAUGGAUUCCUGUUUUCUAGCUCGCCUGGACCAAAUGUAGAAUACUUGACUGAUGACUCAUGCGUGUACAUGUGAAGCACUCAGGGUGUUCUGAGACGAGGGGGUAAUGUUAACAGUUUGAUUGAGGUUAGUGAUACUGUAUGUAGUGUAGACACAUGCUCUAUUUAUUCUAUCAGCUUCCUCGGAGAAUUUCAUAAGGGGAAAACACUUUAUGUGAAAAAUUAAGGCUGGAUUAACAGCAGGGCAUAACAACUACCAUGGGGCCCCCAGGAGCCCAGAAAGCCCCACAUUCACUGUUGUAAUUUGAUUGAUUGUGUUCAGAAAUACACACACCAAAGAACAAUACCAACUGAUAUAUUGAGGGUCAAAUAAAACCUUUAUUUUAGUUGAUAUUGCUCAAAGAAAAUGUCAGACAUUCUAUGGUGUUUCUGCUUUCCUCUGUUUUCUGUCACAGUGAACAGAAUCACUUACUGGUUGGCGUCACCUUGGGCCUUUGGAAUGUGACGGACAUAUUUCUACUAUGGCCCAACAUUUUAUCGACUAAACAAUUAAUCAAGACAAUAAUGAUCAGAUUAUUUACCCUGGUUUGCAGGUCUAGAAAAUUAGUAGUUUCAUUGAUAAGGACAAUCCUUGGGUUUAAAUGCAGAAGUUAUUUCAAGGAAAGAGCCCAUUUUUCCUCUAGCUACUCGUAUUAGAAAUAAAUAAUUAGAACAUUUUCUUAAGGAUUAAUGAAACCUUUGUUUGAUAACCUUUACAGUUAUCUACCAAUAUUCACGCAUUAGUUAAGUUGUACAAGUUGCACUGUCAUAGAAAUUGUAACUAAAUUGUAAGUACAGUUUGGUUUGAUAGAAACUGCAGAUAAAGCUGACAACAGAGAGGGACUGCUGCUUCUUGAGUGGAAUUGAUGCCCACAUGUGGAUUUUUUAUAAGUCCCUCCCUACCUGAGCAGCUUUAAAUCUAGUUUCAUCCUGAUGUGGGCUCUUUACACUCACAGUGGACCAACACAGACGAGUAGAUCCAAUUUUUAAAAAACAGCCUCUAGAACAAACCCAAUCCUGUCUAGUGUGGUAACGUGAUAUCUUCUCACCAUAUAACAGUUUCAAAUCCCUUGUGUGACAGCAACUUGUAUUUAUGUCUUGGUGAAUGUUUAUGUGAAGGGAAGAGAAGUACAUACUUUAUAAAAAUUAGUACUUUUUACAGUUUUUUCCUGCUUUUAAGUUUUGUAUGUUGCAUCCUUUUUAAAAAAUAUUUUGAGAGCUAUCAUUCACAAGUUUGUUAACAAAUGGAAAAAUCUAUCAACAAUGCAUACAACAACCUCAGUCGACUCCUCGUUCUGUUAGGAGGACGCUGGAGAAGCAUACACGAGAACAUGACAUCUGUUUGAGAGCCACACGUGUUUUUAAAAAAAUCUGAAAAUAAAAAUGUUGGGUGUUUGAGUGGAAUGAGAAAGGUGACUGGUUUUGCAUAAAAUGACUUCAUGAUGA